AUGUUUUGGGGACCAUGGCCUUCUUCUCACCUUAUGCUCUGGUGUGCGGCUCCCAGAAGACAGCGAAAACACCAUGGCCUUGCAGCCUUCAAGCUCCUAUGGUGCUCGUGCCUCCUGGCCCUCGCGUGCAUCCCACAGUGGGUGUGGGCGCCCCUCUACAAGAUAGGGGUAGUGGGCCCUUGGACUUGCGACCCGUUGUUCUCAAAGGCUCUGCCUGAGGUUGCUGCUGGCUUAGUCAUUGAGCGCUUCAACAGGGACCCAUCGUUUGACGCGGGUUGCUCUUCUGCAUAUGUGAUUCUCAAUGAAGACUGCCAGACCGCCAGGGCCCUUUGCAGUUUCAUUGUUCACCACCAGAUGGCCACCACCAGAUUCAUUGGCCCUGUCAACCCCGGCAACUGCGAGGCCUCCUCGCUCCUGGGAAACAGUUGGAACAAAGGGCUUUUCUCUUGGGCUUGUGUGAAUUACGAAUUAGACAAUAAAAUCAGCCACCCGACCUUUUCUCGGACACUCCCUUCUCCGGGCCGGGUGCUGGUAACUGUCAUGAGAUACUUCCAGUGGGCUCACGCCGGAGUCGUCUCCUAGAUGAAGACUUGGGUGCACACCGCCAAUCGAAUACCAAGCGCUCUGCAGAGCCGGGGCCUACCGGUAGGGGUCGUCCUGAGCUCAGGACAAGACAGCCGCAGCAUUCGGACAGCGCUCCUGCGGAUUCGUCAGGCUGACCGAAUUCUCACUUUAUUGGUUUCAUUAAUCAUCAUGUAUGUGCGUUCGGCCUUGAUUGGGGGAGAGACUCAGAUGCAUCUCUUGGAAUGGGCUCAUGAUGUGAAAAUGACUGAUGGAAACUAUGUCUUUGUUCCCUAUGAUGCUCUGCUCUACAGUUUACUUUAUAAGCAUACUGCCUACCAGGUCCUGAGGAACAACCCGAAACUCCGGGAAGCCUAUGAUGCUGUGUUGACCAUUACAGUGGAGUCCCAAGAAAAAACCUUCUAUCAAGCCUAUACUGAGGCAGCAGCUAUACAUGAAAUUCCUGAGAAGUUGGAGUCAGAUCAGGUAAGUAAUUGUAAUUUUAAAAAAUAUAUUUCACCAUUGUUUGGAACCACCUAUAAUUCAAUUUACUUUAUCGCACAAGCCAUGAAUAAUGCUAUGAAAGAAAAUGGACAGGUUAGUGCUGCCAGCCUGGUUCAGCAUUCCAGAAACACGCAGUUCUAUGGAUUCAGCCAGUUGAUAAGGACAGAUUCAAAUGGAAAUGGAAUUGCAGCAUAUGUAAUCCUGGACACCAACUGGAAAGAAUGGGAACUCUAUAGCACUUACACUGUGGACAUGGAAACGGCUGGUGGCAGGCCCCCUUGAGCAGAUGCACAAUGCUGGUUUGCAGAAGGGAAGAUCUGUCGAGGUAAGGAAUAGAAAAAAUCAUUGGCAUUGACCAUGUCUUUGUGUGACGGUCUGACUUGCUUUGCUUAUAGCCCUGCUAUUAAUGGAUUUGCUUACUUUAUAUGGUGUCGUAUAAAUAAAAUCCAGUUGAUUAAAGGACCCAAUAGAAUUCUACUGACUUUGAAGGAUGUGACGUUUAUCAAUCCCCACUUUGGCAGUUAGAGAGGAAGUUGUACCAGUGUAAGCUUCCAGAUCAUCUCAGAAGUCCAAAGUGGAAGGUUUCCAAGGUUCCCCUUUUUCUCAGGGAGUCUAACUCCAGAUACCUAUGAAAACUCCAACAUAUCCAUUUACGAGGGUGAUUGGGUAUGGCUGAAAAAGUUCCCCUUUGGAGGUUUUGGAGACCUUAAGUCCAUCAAAUCCAGUGCAAGUGAUAUGUUUAAAAUGAUGAAGGACCUGCAUCAUGAAAAUAUUAACCCUUUAUUGGGCUUCUUCUAUGAUUCAGGGAUAUUUGCCAUUGUGACACAAUUCUGUUCCAGAAGGAGCCUAGAAGACAUAUUGACAAAUCAGGAUGUGAAACUUGACUGGAUAUUUAAAUCAUCACUUCUGCUGGAUCUUUUCAAGGGCAUGAAGUACUUACACCACGGAGAGUUUGCUCAUGGGAGGUUGAAAUCUCGGAACUGUGUGGUAGAUGGGUGUUUUGUACUAAAAGUGACAGAUUAUGGCUUUAAUGACAUCUUGGAAACUCUAAAAAUCUGCGAUGAGGAAUUGGGAAUGGGUGAAGUUGCUACGGACAGCCCUGAACUGUUGAGAACCCCAAAGGGCAGCAUGUUAGGUUCUUUUGCAGGAGAUGUCUAUAGCUUUGCCAUCAUCACGCAAGAAGUGCUGGUCCAAGAGCCUGGCAUGACCCAGAUCAUCAGCCUAACCCAGGCUGUUGUAAUUUGCCGGAAGAGCGAACACCCGUUAUGUUCCCUGCCAGAAAUCAUAGACAGAGUUAAGAAGCCUCUUCCUGUGUACAGACCCAUGGUUCCUCCUGAGUCUGCCCCUCCCGAAUGUCUCCAGCUGAUGAAGCAGUGCUGGGCUGAAGCUUCAGAACAGCGACCAACUUUUGAUGAAGUAUUUAAUCAGUUUAAAACUUUGAAUAAAGGGAAGGAGACCAAUAUCAUUGACUCCAUGCUUCGGAUUUUGGAGCAAUAUUCUAGCAACUUCGAAGAUUUGAUCCGGCAACAGACUGAAGAGCUGGAAAUUGAAAAACAGAAAACGGAAAAACUUCUAACACAGAUGCUACCACUCUGUCUCUGCUUUUGAUCAGUUGCCAAAUCCCUCAAAAAGGGCUACAUGGUUGAACCUGAGGGCUUUGACUUGAUCACCUUGUACUUCAGUGAUGUUGUGGGCUUCACCACCAUCUCAGCCAUGAGUGAGCCUAUUGAGGUGGUAGAUCUUCUCAAUGACCUGUACACACUCUUUGAUGCUGUCAUAGGCAGUCAUGAUGUCUACAAGGUAAUAUCGACCAUUGGAGAUGCUUACAUGGUGGCCUCAGGCCUCCCAAAGAGGAAUGGCAAUCGGCAUGCAGUUGAGAUUGCAAACAUGUCCCUAGAUAUCCUGAGCUCCCUGGGGACCUUUAAGAUGAGACACAUGCCAGAGGUGCCAGUCCAGAUUCGAAUAGGCCUACAUUCAGGGCCAGUUGUUGCUGGAGUGGUGGGGCUCACCAUGCCCAGAUACUGCCUGUUCGGAGACACUUUGAACACAGCUUCUCGGAGGGAAUCAACAGGGUUACCUUACUUCAUUCAUGUCAGUCACAGCACCGUGACAAUUCUUCGAGCUCUGAGUGAGGGCUAUGAAGUAGAGCUUCGAGGAAGGACAGCGCUCGGGGGCAAAGGCACAGAAGAGACCUUCUGGCUGGUUGGAAAAAAAGGCUUUAAAAAGCUCCUUCUUGCCCCACCAGUGGGCAAAGAUGGGCAAGUGGGCCAUGGCUUACAACCAAUAGAGAUUUCAGCCUUCCAAAGAAGAAAAGCAGAAAGGCAACUGGUGAGAAACAAGCCAUAA